AUGGUUUUUGAUAUUUUUUCUUUAAAACAUUCUUCUUAUUCUCCACCAAAACAUAAUUACUAUAAAGAAGAAGAACAUUGUCAAAAAGAUCCAACAUUUUCUAUAUUUUAUGUAAUGGUACAUUUUUGUAAUCCAAAAUCAGAACAAUUUUCUGCUGUAUCUGUUAUACUUUUUGCUUUUUCAAUAUUUUUAAUUGUUUGUUGUGUAGUAGCAUUAGCUUUCAUAACAUACAGUUAUAACGAUGAAAGUAAUAUUAUAAAAAUUAAACCAUUAUCAGAAAAAAUUUCAAAUCAUCAACAACAAAAAGGAUAUUCUUUUUAUAAUUUUAAAAAUAAUUUAUCAAUUACAACAUCAACAACUGAAGAAAAUGAAAUUAAAACAACUACUUUAAAUAAAGUUACAGUUGUAUAUUCAACAACUCAAAAACCUUUUCCAACAAUAACAUUUUCAUUUAAAAAUAAUGAAAAUUAUAAUAAUAUAUCAAAAUUAAAUUUAAAAAAAGAAAAUUAUGAUCAAAAAAAUGAUAAUCUUUGUAUAGAUAGUGAAUGUAUUAAUAUAGCAUCACAUUAUAAAAAUAAUAUGAAUGCAAAAUACAAUCCUUGUGAUGAUUUUUAUCAUUAUGCUUGUGAUAGAUUUGGUACAGGUAAAAUAAUACCAAAAAAUGAACUAAAGUUAACAGUUUUAUAUGAAAUGAAAGCACAAUUGAAUAGAGACUACCAUAUAUUAUUAGAUAAUUAUAAAAUAAAUUCAACAACAUCAAGAAGUAUUAAAUUAUUAAAAAAUUAUUAUGAUAGUUGUAUGGAUGAUCGUGCACAAGAUGCUUUAGAUCAAAUGCCAUUAGUUUCAUUAUUUUCAAGUUUAGGUGGUUGGCCAUUAUUACAAAAUGCACGAUUUGACGAUAGACAUUUUCAGUGGGAAAUUUUAGCAAGUCAAGUACACAUGUUAGGUAUUUCAGGUCUUUUUUCAUUUUCUAUCAUUCCUGAUAUUGAAGAUACUUCUAAAUGUAUUAUAACAUUUCGUAGUCCUCGUCUUCUCUUAGAACACAAACAUCUUUAUAUACCAUCAUAUCAGACAAAUGGACAUUUACAACAUUAUAAAAUUUAUAUGAAAGAAUUAAUGGAAUUGUUAGAUGUUGAUACAAAUGCUAUUGAAAAUUCUUUACAAAUGAUACUGGAAUUUGAACAAAGAUUAGCAACAAUUUCAACUUGUAAUGAAGGUAGUGUUAAUUGUCAACAACAUCAUAAAAUAAAAUAUGGUGAUUUUAAAAAGAAAAUAAAUACAAUUGAUUGGGAUACAUUUUUUGAUAUAAAUAUUAAAAAAAAAUUAGAACCUUUUAAUGAUUUGACAAUUAUUGAUGUAAUGGAUAUGGAAUAUUUUGAAGGUUUACAAAAUUUAUUAAAACAACGUAAUAAUGAAGUAAUACAAAAUUAUUUAAUGUGGAAAAUAUUACAUAAUUUUGAUAUGUAUCUUCCACAAAAAUUUAGAGAACCUCAUAUAUCAUUUAAUGAAAAAGUUUAUGGUCAAUCUAUAUUACCAUUAUGGGAGGAAUGUGUUAAUGAGGUUAAAAAACAUUUACCAUUAUUAAUUACAGUAGAAUAUACAAAAAGUAAUAUUAAAGAAUCAAAAUAUGAACAUGUUAAUGAUUUAGUAAUGAAUCUUAAAAAUAGUCUUAGACAAGUAAUUGCAAAUAAUGAUUGGAUGUCAUCUGAUGGAAAAUUGAAAGCAUUAUUAAAGUUAGAAAAAAUUGGUGUUAAAAUUGGUAUACCAAAAGAAUAUUUAAUGCAUGAAAAUUUAGUUACUCAACAAUUUAAUCAUAUAACAUUAUUUUCUCAAAAUUAUUUUGAUAAUACUAUAUCAUUAUCAAGAUCAUUUUUUGAUAGUACCUUACAAAAAUUACAUCAACCAACAAAUAAUUUUAUUGAAUUUAUCAACCAAUUAAUGGAUGUUGAUGCAUUUUAUCAUUUUAAUGGUAAUCAAAUUAUUUUUUCAGCAGGUAUUUUAAGAUUUCCUUUCUAUGGUGUUGAUGCUCCUGAAUAUGUUAAUUAUGGUUCAUUAGGUUCAGGUAUUGGUCAUGAAUUGAUUCAUGGUUUUGAUGAUACUGGAGCACAUUUUGAUAAAAAUGGUAAUUUAAAUUUAUGGUGGGAUAAAUUUACACAAACAAAUUAUAAUUUAAAAAAAGAAUGUUUUAUAUCACAAUAUUCAAGUAUUUUAGAAAAGUUUAGUCAAAGAUACCUUAAUGGUAAACAGACAUCAAUUGAAAAUGUUGCUGAUAAUGGUGGUGUAAAAUUAGCUUUUGAUGCUUACAAAAAACGUCUCUCACAAAUUGGAAAAGAUAAAUUAUUACCCGUUUUUAUGAAUAUGACAAAUAAUCAAUUAUUUUUUCUUUCAUAUGCUAAUACAUGGUGUGAAGUUAUAAAGAAGGAAAGUAUUAAUUAUAUUUUAGAUACCGAUAGUCAUUCAUUAGGUGAAUAUAGAGUAAAUAUACCGUUACAAAAUUAUCCUGAAUUUAGUAGAGCAUUCAAUUGUCCAAUUGGUUCCAAAAUGAAUCCUUUUAAGAAAUGUAAUUUAUGGUAA